ACAAACCCGAUAAAAGCCUUACUAGAAUUCAUGACUUCCCUUAUUUGAGACACCAUCUCACUCCCUUUGAAGAAGCGACGCUCACUUUUUACGUCCUGUCCUCUACGACGUGUUCCAGUUCCAACCCGACCGCAGCUCACCCUGAGUGUUCACUUGUCUUACCGGCGACAGACGCUCCUCUCCGGCAGAGAACCGCGCCGCAGCCCUCCCACCAAGCGACCCUGUUUCUGGGGGGCGGGGUCGACGGACGGUCGGUCAUUCAUCCGAUGUAAAUACGACAACGUUCAUGUCGCUGAGUGCGUUUUAUUUCUGAAAAGCUUUGGAUAAACCAGGCGCACCGUCAAUCUACGAGAGCAGGUAAGGGGGUGCCAUGCCAGCUGCUGUUCCCCCUCUGCUCCCCCUCUCCACCUGGUGGUGGUGUCUGGUACUGCUGCAGCUUCCUCAGGCCCUGACCCAGCCCCAGCUGGACCCUAACCCAGAGAAGGCCUCUCCCGCUGGGCAGGCCUUCCCUUACCUCUCCCUGGAUGGGUCUCCCCUCAACCACCUCCUACUGGACCCCAGGUCUGGUCAUCUGUACGUGGGGGCGGUCAACCAUCUCUACCAUCUGUCCCCUGACCUCCAGGUGCUGUCCUCCAGUCAGACUGGCCCCAAACUAGACAGUCCUGAAUGCCUGCCCCCCAUAGUCCCCAAGGACUGCCACACCGCCCGGGUCACCCCCAACACCAAUAAGAUCCUGCUCCUGGAGGAAGGCGUGGACGCGGUGGGGUCAGAGGUCGGGGCAAGGAGCCUGAUCGUGUGCGGGACAUUGUUCCAAGGUAUCUGUGACAAGAGGAGUCUGGGUAAUGUGUCCGAGGUGCUCUAUCAGACGUCUAACCCAGUGGACACGCAGUAUGUAGCCGCCAACGACGCCCGCGUCUCCACCGUGGGUGUGGUCUUGAACCAGAAGGGGGUGGGGCUGAUGCUAGUGGGGCGUGGCUACACUAGUAAAGGCCCCAGCGACAUCCCACCAAUCACAACGCGCCGUCUAUCCCCCAGUUCCUCCCCCUCCCGCCAGGCCUUCUCUCAAGACGAAGAACUAGGGAAGCUGGUUGUCGGGAGCUACUCCGAGUACAACAACAACUUCAUCUCAGCGUUUAACCACAGCGACCACGUCUACUUCCUGUUCUCGCGGAGGGAUAUGUGGCACAAGAAGGAGUACCGGACCUACGUUUCUCGUCUCUGCGCCUGGGACCGGAGCUUCUACUCCUACGUGGAGGUUCCGUUGGAAUGUUCCGGCGGUUACAAUCUCGCCCAGGGGGCUUCCCCCGCCGAACACCAGGGGCGGCCGGCGCUGUUCGUUGCCAUGGCGACGGGGCAGGCGUCGACGCCCACGGCGACGGGUCGCUCGGCGCUGUGCGUUUAUGGGAUGUCAGAGCUGGAUGCGUCGCUGCAGAGGGCCCAGGAGCUGUGUUAUACAGAGGGAGGAAGAGGAAGGAUGGGACAUGAGGAGGCAUACAUAGAGUAUGAGGUGUCGUCCAAGUGUCUACGGCUGCCCAAGGAUUCGUUAAAGGAGUACCCAUGUGGAGGGGAACACACCCCCAGCCCCAUCGCCUCUGCGGUUCCCCUGUCAGCCACCCCCUCUCUGACCAGGGAAACCCAGCUCACCGCUGUCACCACCGCGACCGAGGCCGGCCACACCAUCGCCCUGCUGGGGGACAAGAAGGGCUGGCUGCAUAAGGUAUUUCUCGAGCCUGACACAACAGGGACGUUGUAUCAGAGUGUAUUGGUGGACCAGGACAGUCCAGUCAACGCUGACCUACUACUGGACCAGUCUGGACAGAAUGUCUACGUCCUCACUGAUGGCAAGGUGUCCAAGGUGGCUGUAUCUCAGUGUGAACAGCAACCUGACUGCCAGUCCUGUCUGUCUGUCAGAGAUCCUUACUGUGGCUGGUGUGUCCUGGAGGGAAGAUGCACUCGACGACUGGAGUGUAGUCGUGAGGGCCAAGCCAACCACUGGCUGUGGAGCUACCAGCCUGCCGACCAGCCUGCCGACCAGCCUGCCAAUCAGUGUGUGACUGUCCAGAGCCUAAAGCCUGCCAUCCAGAGCAGAGAGGAGGCGACUCAGGUGUCUCUAACAGUGGUCCAGCUGCCCACCCUGUCAGAGGAGGAGUCUCUUUCCUGCUCCUUCGGAACCCUCCCCCCUCAGCCAGCCAUCGUCAAGGGAACCACCAUCACCUGUCAAUCACCCCUGCCGGAGCUCCUCCCACCCAGCCCACCAGGACGUGACCAUGUGUCCCUGCGUGUGUCUGUGAUGUUCAGAGACGUGACCAUCUCUAGCAGUGACAUCAUCUUCUACGACUGUCGAGCUGUGGGGCGACUCAACAUCACCUCCCCGUGUAUGGCGUGUGUGGGCAGUGUGUGGCCUUGUAGCUGGUGUGUCCUGGGUGGGCUGUGUACCCCCACCAACAACAGCUGUCCCAGGCAGCACACCAUACACAACUCACUGGAGGAGCAGUUGGAGCCGCGGGGUCCAGAAUCUUGUCCCUGUGUGUGGGCUCUACAGAGCUCUCCUCUGGUCCCCAUGGGCUUCCUGUCCCCUCUGACCCUACUGGGGAGGAACUUGGACAUGUUUCAGGGGGAGGAGCAGUACGUGUGUGUCGUGGUUGUGGAAGGGGAGGAGCUUAAGCUGAACGCCACUCUGGAGAAAGAUCCGGAAACCAUGACGUACACCUUCACCUGCUCUGCCCACAAGUUCCAGUACCCAGUGAACCAGUUGGAAUAUUCAGCUCCCAUCUAUCUACAGAGAGGCUCCCAUCACAUCGACUCUGCACCCAAUCUCAGACUGCAGCUAUAUGACUGUUCAGUGGGCCAGUCUGACUGUAGCCAGUGCAGAGCGGUGCCAUCAGAUUACGGCUGUGUCUGGUGUGGAGGAGAGUCACCUGGCUGUGUCUACCACCUGUCCUGUACCAGCUCACCUGGGCCAGAAGACACCUGCCCUCCGCCUCAGAUCAUACAGAUCCAGCCAGUGAGUGGUCCGGUGGAAGGGGGUGUGCUGGUGACCAUCCAUGGGUCUAACCUGGGAAUGCACUACCAGGACAUCCAGGGAGGGGUGACUGUAGCUGGGGUCAGCUGUCUGCCUCAGCCCCAUGGAUACCUCAUCUCUACCAGGAUAGUGUGCGAGCUCCAGCCCAGUGAACAGGAAACAGAGGGGCCAGUCAUCGUUACCGUGGGAGACUCAGAACCAGGACAGUCUCUGCAGACAUUCACCUACCAGGACCCCCAGUUGACUGCUAUAGUCCCUGAUAAGGGCCCUGUUUCAGGAGGGACCAGCCUGACAGUCCAGGGGACUCGGCUACUAACGGGACAGAGGAGGGACCUGACUGUAUACGUAGGACAACAACCCUGCUACAUUGUUGAGGAGGUGAAUGGGACUCACCUGGUAUGCAGGACCAGCCCCAGUAACCAGACAGCAGAGCUGACAGUGAGGGUGUUGUUUGGGAAGGCAGAGAGGAGCGUACCUGGGCAGGUGUUUCACUACAUGGAGGACCCUGUCGUCACCGCAGCAUGGCCUGCUGAGAGCUUCUAUGAGGGUGGGCGUAAUAUAAAGGUGAGUGGGCGUAACCUGGACGUGGUGCAACAGCCAAUGAUCUCUGUGCGGUUGGAGCACAUGGCGGAGAAGAUCCUGGUCAUGAGAAGGAGGAGGUACGCCAGACUGUUGGCCAAGAACCACCUACUAGUCUUCAACAGCACCGUGUCAAAGAAGCAGGAGCGUUGUAUGGUGGUCUCGUCCUUUGAGAUGACCUGUGUGACCCCGAGUGUGACCCAUGACUCCAAGGUCAUGGGGGUGUGGUUUGAGCUGGACAACGUUAAGGUGUCGUUUGAGAGCGUCGCGGGGAAGACGUUCUCUUACUACCCCAACCCCGAGCUGUUGGCUCUGAACAGAGAUGACCCAGACACACCCUACCGCUUCAAACCUGGAGGGGUCAUCGCUGUAGAGGGUAAGGACCUGACGCGUGCCAUGACUCGCGAUGAAGUGGUGGCCAGGUUAGGUGACCAGGAGUGUGAGGUGAAGACUCUAGACAGCACUCACCUGUACUGUGAACCACCUGAGAAACAACCAGACAGUCUAGGGAGCAACCAACUGCCCAGCCUGAGGGUGGUAAUGGGGAAGCUGAACGUAGACCUGGGUACAGUGCAGUAUGAUACAGAAGGCCUCUCACCUGUCCCUCUGGCUGCCCAGGUGGGUCUGGCUGCAGGGGCUGCUGUGGUGGUCCUAGUGGUGCUGGUCAUCAUCCUCAUGUACAGGAGGAAGAGCAAGCAGGCUCUGAGAGACUACAAGAAGGUUCUGGUUCAGCUGGAGACUCUGGAGAUCAAUGUGGGAGACCAGUGCAGGAAGGAGUUCACAGAUCUGAUGACAGAGAUGAUGGAUCUGAGUAGUGAUGUGGGUGGACCAGGUAUUCCUCUCCUGGACUAUAAGACGUAUGCAGAGCGCGUGUUCUUCCCCGGCCAGAGGGGGGCGCCCCUGAGUCAGAACCUGGACCUGCCAGAGUCCCGCAGACGGACAGUGGAACAGGGCCUGGGACAACUCAACAACCUCCUCAACAACAGACUGUUCCUUAUCAGGUUCAUCCACACCCUGGAGGCCCAGCAGAACUUCUCCCAGCGUGACCGUGGCUACGUGGCGUCUCUCCUGACCAUGGCCCUGCACGACAAGCUGGAGUACUUCACCGAUGUCAUGAAGACCUUACUGGGAGACCUGGUGCAGCAGUACGUUGCCAAGAACCCCAAACUCAUGCUGCGCAGGACGGAGACGGUGGUGGAGAAGAUGCUCACCAACUGGAUGUCCAUCUGUCUCUACUCCUUCCUCAAGGAGGUGGCUGGGGAGCCCCUGUAUAUGCUGUACAGAGCCAUCAAGUACCAGGUGGAUAAGGGACCAGUAGACGCUGUGACGGGGAAGGCCAAGCGCACCCUGAACGACAGCCAUCUCCUGAGAGAGGACAUCGACUACUGCUCUAUCACUCUGACGGUGAUGGUGAAGAGUGGUGUGGAGGUUCAGCCGUGUCCGGUCAAGGUGUUGGACACCGACACCAUCACACAGGUCAAAGACAAGAUCCUAGACCAGAUCUAUAAAGGAGCUCCCUUCUCACAGAGACCUGCUGCAGACUCACUAGACCUGGAAUGGCGAUCGGGACAGGCGGGUCACCUGACACUGUCAGACGAUGACGUCACAGCGAUCGUCCAGGGGCGCUGGAAGAAACUCAACACUCUGCAGCACUACAAGGUGCCAGACGGAGCUACAGUGGCUCUGAUCCCCAGAUCAGCUGUCGUCAUGGGGAUUCACCAGGUCUACCAGACUGGAGAGAAGACACCCAUGUUGGAGGGGGAGGGGGAGGAGGGGCUGAGGCUGUGGCACCUGGUGAAGUCCAACGAGGAACCAGAGAUCCCCAAACACAGGAAGAGCAGCAUGAGAGAGAGGGAGAGGGCCAAGGCCAUACCAGAGAUAUACCUGACACGACUACUGUCUAUGAAGGGGACGCUGCAGAAGUUUGUCGACGAUGUGUUUGUAGCCAUCCUCAACACCAAGCGCCCUCCUCCCAUCGCUGUGCGUUUCUUCUUUGACUUCCUGGAUGACAUGGCGGAGAAACACGGCAUCGACGACCCCGAGACCGUGCACAUCUGGAAGACCAACAGCCUGCCUCUGAGGUUCUGGGUCAACAUCCUGAAGAACCCUCAGUUUGUGUUUGAUGUCCAGGUGACCGAUAGCGUGGACGCCGUCCUCUCGGUCAUCGCGCAGACGUUCAUUGACUCCUGUACCACCUCCGAACACAAAGUCGGACGGGACUCUCCAGUGAACAAGUUGCUCUACGCCAGAGAGAUCCCCAGAUACAAACAGCUGGUUGAGAGGUAUUACAGUGAUAUCCACAGUGCAGCAUCUGGCUGUUACCAAGAGAUGAACUCUACUCUAACGGAGCUGUCUGGGAGUUUUGGAUCAGACAUGAACAGUCUGGUGGCUCUGCUUGAGUUGUAUAAGUACAUCAACAAAUACUACGACCAGAUCAUCACGGCCCUGGAGGAGGACGCAGCUGGACAGAAGAUGCAGCUGGCCUAUCGUCUACAGCAGGUCGCCGCCCUGGUGGAGAACAAGGUCACUGACCUCUAACCUCUCACUUCUGACCUGUGGCCUAUCGUCUACAGCAGGUCGCCGCCCUGGUGGAGAACAAGGUCACUGACCUCUAACCUCUCACUUCUGACCUGUGGCCUAUCGUCUACAGCAGGUCGCCGCCCUGGUGGAGAACAAGGUCACUGACCUCUAACCUCUCAAUUCUGACCUGUGACCUAUCGUCCCCAGCAGGUCGCUGCCCUGGUGGAGAACCACAGACUGACAGGGCUGCGUUCAGUAACACAGAACGUUACACCAGAUACAGCAGAGAACGCGGAACACUCAGAUCCACUUCCUCAUGUUUUUUUUUCUUUCUGGGAUCGGGACUCUUGGUCUGUUUAUUGCCCCCGCCCGCGGAGGGGGUGCCUCAGAGCGAAACAUCUCACUGGAAAAAUGUGUUCUGGUAGUUGUUUCCUCUCUCGCGUUAGAUAUUAUGGAGGAACCAAACCCAAUCGGGGAAAAGCAUGUGAGAAAGGAAACGCCCACUUACACAGAUCAUUUAAAUAAAAUGGCUGUAGUAAACUUAUCUUAUUUAUCCCCCAUAAAUGCUUUAUGUUACGUGUGUGUGUGUGUGUGUGUGUGUGUGUGUGUGUGUGUGUGUGUGUGUGUGUGUGUGUGUGUGUGUGUGUUUGUGUGCGUAUACAUGGUUCUGAAGUUGCUUCCAGAGGCUGUUUGGGAAUCGGUAGUGAGCGUUGCAUCCGAGGACAGAUGAUUUUGACGAGCUUCAGCACUUGGUGGUCCCGUUCUGUGAGCUUGUGUGGUCUACCACUUUGUGGCUGUGCCGUUGUUGCUCCUAGACGUUUCCACUUUACAAUAAACAGCACUUAACAGUUGACCCGGGCCGCUCUAGCAGGCAGAAAUGUGAUGAACAGAAUUGUUGGAAAGGUGGCAUCCUAUGACGGUCACAUGUUGAAAGUCACUGAGCUCUUCAGUAAGGCCAUUCUACUGCCAAUGUUUGUCUAUGGAGAUUGCAUGGCUGUGUGCUCGAUUUUAUACACCUACCAGCAACGGGUGUGGCUGAAAUGUAAUCCCCUAAUUUGAAGGGGUGUCCACAUACUGCUGUCUAUAUAUAUAUAUGGGUGUAGAGACGGGGUACGUUCCAGGGCGUCUGUAUUGCAGUGUUCACAUACUGCUGUCUAUAUAUAUAUAUAUAUGGGUGUAGAGACGGGGUACGUUCCAGGGCGUCUGUAUUGCAGUGUUCACAUACUGCUGUCUAUAUAUAUAUAUAUGGGUGUAGAGACGGGGUACGUUCCAGGGCGUCUGUAUUGCAGUGUCCACAUACUGCUGUCUAUAUAUGGGUGUAGAGACAGGGUACGUUCCAGGGCGUCUGUAUUGCAGUGUCCACAUACUGCUGUCUAUAUAUGGGUGUAGAGACAGGGUACGUUCCAGGGCGUCUGUAUUGCAGUGUCCACAUACUGCUGUCUAUAUAUAUAUGGGUGUAGAGACGGGGUACGUUCCAGGGUGUCUGUAUUGCAGUCAUGUUGCACAGAUGAUCACAUGUCACACCGCCUAUAUUAACCCCCUGAGCUGUUCAGGUCGAGUGCAACAUGGACGUUCUGUAACGAGCCCACAGUCUCGUCUUACCAGUCAGGUUGACCACUACAGCCACCGUUGGGGGGCCUCCACCCUGCAGCUCUCCAGACAAUCAGACUCUCUCAGUACUGUCUCUACAGAUGGACGGUCAAGUUCACUGUGUUUUGGUAUUUUUUUUUAAUGUAUUUUUUAUUAGCAAAACCUUCCUUUGUUAGCAGUAGUUUUAAACAUCUUUAUCUUUGAAUACCAGGAAAUACAAGCUCAAUUUCUGGCGAUGUUUUAAAAUGUUUUAUUUCUUUAAAAUGCCCCCCUUCCCCCAUGUCUUGUUGUUUUGAAAUCCUUUUUACGAUUACACACGGAAGGUUUUAAAGCACUCUAAUCUGUAUGUUCUGUGCUAUCUUGUAGCUGGCCACUGAACUCAACACAAGCUCUUUACUGCAGAACAGAGACAUGUUGUUGUUACACAUUUUCACCGGUGUUUCCCUUCUCUGUGGGGGUCUGAACCUAGCCUGAGUACCAGUCUGUUACAGCUCUGUGGGGGUCUGAACCUAGCCUGAGUACCAGUCUGUUACUGCUCUGUGGGGGUCUGAACCUAGCCUGAGUACCAGUCUGUUACUGCUCUGUGGGGGUCUGAAACUAGCCUGAGUACCAGUCUGUUACAGCUCUGUGGGGGUCUGAACCUAGCCUGAGUACCAGUCUGUUACAGCUCUGUGGGGGUCUGAACCUAGCCUGAGUACCAGUCUGUUACAGCUCUGUGGGGGUCUGAACCUAGCCUGAGUACCAGUCUGUUACAGCUCUGUGGGGGUCUGAACCUAGCCUGAGUACCAGUCUGUUACUGCUCUGUGGGGGUCUGAACCUAGCCUGAGUACCAGUCUGUUACUGCUCUGUGGGGGUCUGAACCUAGCCUGAGUACCAGUCUGUGGGGGUCUGAACCUAGCCUGAGUACCAGUCUGUUACUGCUCUGUGGGGGUCUGAACCUAGCCUGAGUACCACUCUGUUACAGCUCUGUGGGGGUCUGAACCUAGCCUGAGUACCAGUCUGUUACUGCUCUGUGGGGGUCUGAACCUAGCCUGAGUACCACUCUGUUACAGCUCUGUGGGGGUCUGAACCUAGCCUGAGUACCAGUCUGUUACUGCUCUGUGGGGGUCUGAACCUAGCCUGAGUACCAGUCUGUUACAGCUCUGUGGGGGUCUGAACCUAGCCUGAGUACCAGUCUGUUACAGCUCUGUGGGGGUCUGAACCUAGCCUGAGUACCAGUCUGUUACAGCUCUGUGGGGGUCUGAACCUAGCCUGAGUACCAGUCUGUUACAGCUCUGUGGGGGUCUGAACCUAGCCUGAGUACCAGUCUGUUACAUCUCUGUGGGGGUCUGAACCUAGCCUGAGUACCAGUCUGUUACAGCUCUGUGGGGGUCUGAACCUAGCCUGAGUACCAGUCUGUUACAGCUCUGUGGGGGUCUGAACCUAGCCUGAGUACCAGUCUGUUACUGCUCUGUGGGGGUCUGAACCUAGCCUGAGUACCAGUCUGUUACAGCUCUGUGGGGGUCUGAACCUAGCCUGAGUACCAGUCUGUUACAGCUCUGUGGGGGUCUGAACCUAGCCUGAGUACCAGUCUGUUACAGCUCUGUGGGGGUCUGAACCUAGCCUGAGUACCAGUCUGUUACUGCUCUGUGGGGGUCUGAACCUAGCCUGAGUACCAGUCUGUUACAGCUCUGUGGGGGUCUGAACCUAGCCUGAGUACCAGUCUGUUACAGCUCUGUGGGGGUCUGAACCUAGCCUGAGUACCAGUCUGUUACAUCUCUGUGGGGGUCUGAACCUAGCCUGAGUACCAGUCUGUUACAGCUCUGUGGGGGUCUGAACCUAGCCUGAGUACCAGUCUGUUACAGCUCUGUGGGGGUCUGAACCUAGCCUGAGUACCAGUCUGUUACUGCUCUGUGGGGGUCUGAACCUAGCCUGAGUACCAGUCUGUUACAGCUCUGUGGGGGUCUGAACCUAGCCUGAGUACCAGUCUGUUACUGCUCUGUGGGGGUCUGAACCUAGCCUGAGUACCAGUCUGUUACUGCUCUGUGGGGGUCUGAACCUAGCCUGAGUACCAGUCUGUGGGGGUCUGAACCUAGCCUGAGUACCAGUCUGUUACAGCUCUGUGGGGGUCUGAACCUAGCCUGAGUACCAGUCUGUGGGGGUCUGAACCUAGCCUGAGUACCAGUCUGUGGGGGUCUGAACCUAGCCUGAGUACCAGUCUGUUACAGCUCUGUUGCCAACACUUUAUUGAAUUGUAAUUUAUCUUUAAAGUGUUGUCUUGCCAAACAGGUGGAGAUGGAAAUGACAAUCAAUCCCUUCUAACACAACACUCUGGUUAAACCAUAAUACUGACAAAGUUAUACCAAAUUAACAGUUAGAUUACAACUAACUACUACUACUCUGGCCAAAUAGAUUUCACAACAGGCAGUGGACACUACAUGUACAGCAAUAAGUCUCACAGGUACCAACAAGGGAAAGGAAAGAGGAUUUAAGGUUGUAAACCGGCAACACCUGGUCUCGCCAGAAGUGGGGGCUGACGAGGAGUUGAGACGAAUUUGAGUCAUUUAAAAAAAGAAAAACAGCGUCUCGUUCUGUUGAACAGACCGUUUCUAUACAGUGUCAAUCGUAUUCUCUGUAAAUAGUGCUUAUUCAUACCAACCAGUGGCGGUCAGUAGAUGCCGUCCUCCCCUUUUUUUCUCUGAGGAGCCUCCACUGAUACCAACCAAAUGUGCCUUCUUCUUGUAAGUGUGUAGACGACUUAACUGUGUGGAAUUUUUUUGUUGUUGUUGAACUCGUUUGCCAAAUGAACUGACAGGACAAACUAGUUUUGAAUUUGUCCUGUGGAUUAUUAUUUUUUAAUUUUACCUUUAUUUUACUAGGCAAGUGAGCUAAGAACAAAUUCUUAUUUUCAAUGACGGUCUAGGAACAGUGGGUUAACUGGCCUAGGAACAGUGGGUUAACUGCUUGUUCAGGGGCAGAACGACAGAUUUGUACCUUGUCAGCUCAGGGGUUCUAACCACUAGGCUACCUGCCGCCUCUACACUCUAACCACUAGGCUACCUGCCGCCUCUACACUCUAACCACUAGGCUACCUGCCGCCUCUACACUCUAACCACUAGGCUACCUGCCUCCUCUACACUCUAACCACUAGGCUACCUGCCUCCUCUACACUCUAACCACUAGGCUACCUGCCUCCUCUACACUCUAACCACUAGGCUACCUGCCUUCUCUACACUCUAACCACUAGGCUACCUGCCACCUCUACACUCUAACCACUAGGCUGCCCUGCCCCCUCUACACUCUAACCACUAGGCUACCUGCCUCCUCUACACUCUAACCACUAGGCUACCUGCCGCCUCUACACUCUAACCACUAGGCUACACUGCCACCUCUACACUCUAACCACUAGGCUACCUGCCUCCUCUACACUCUAAUCACUAGACUACCUGCCUCCUCUACACUCUAACCACUAGGCUACACUGCCACCUCUACACUCUAACCACUAGGCUACCUGCCUCCUCUACACUCUAACCACUAGUCUACCUACUGCCCCUACACUCUAACCACUAGUCUACCUACCGCCCAUACACUCUAACCACUAGUCUACCUACUGCCCAUACACUCUAACCACUAGUCUACCUACUGCCCCUACACUCUAACCACUAGUCUACCUACCGCCCAUACACUCUAACCACUAGUCUACCUACUGCCCAUACACUCUAACCACUAGUCUACCUACUGCCCAUACACUCUAACCACCUGACUACCUACUGCCCCUACCCUCUAACCACUAGGCUACCUGCCGCCCAUACACUCUAACCACUAGGCUACCUACCGCCACUACACUCUAACCACUAGGCUACCUGCCACCUCUACACUCUAACCACUAGGCUACCUGCCUCCUCUACACUCUAACCACUAGGCUACCUGCCACCUCUACACUCUAACCACUAGGCUACCUGCCACCUCUACACUCUAACCACUAGGCUACCUGCCUCCUCUACACUCUAACCACUAGGCUACACUGCCACCUCUACACUCUAACCACUAGGCUACCUGCCUCCUCUACACUCUAACCACUAGACUACCUGCCGCCUCUACACUCUAACCACUAGGCUACCUGCCUCCUCUACACUCUAACCACUAGGCUACCUGCCACCUCUACACUCUAACCACUAGGCUACCUGCCUCCUCUACACUCUAACCACUAGGCUACCCUGCCGCCCCAAAAGACAACCAACCGCAAGGUAACUAAACUUCCGGGAACGUUCAAUACAUCCUCUGUUUUCCCCUGAUUGGAGGAUUCCUGGAGUCAGAAGGAACUGAAAACCCAGGAUUUAAACAGGGAGUGGUAGGGAUAGGGCCCUGGGAAUAGGGCCCUGGGAAUAGGGCCCUGGUCUCUGAGUGGUGGUCCAGUGUGAACGACUGCAGUCGCUCUGCAGAACAGCUGAACAACUCCUUGAUCUUUACAGUUACGGGUUAAAGAACAGCCAGAGUCGGGGAACUGUAAUCAGAUACGUUACCAGCAACAACUACCAAAAACAUGUAAUCGGAUUACAUAUACUUUUGGGGGAAAAAAUAGAUUACUUCUUGGAUUACUUUUUAAAUUCAGAAUGGGUGCUUUGUGGGAUAAAAAAGGGUGGGCAAGUUUGAUCCACGUGAGGAGAGUCUGACUACAAAACCACUAUAAUGACACACCAAAUGAUGACCACCAAUCGGAAGCCGCUAUGAUGAUGACACAUCAAAUGAUGACCACCAAUCAGAAGCCACUAUGAUGAUGACACACCAAAUGAUGACCACCAAUCGGAAGCCGCUAUGAUGAUGACACAUCAAAUGAUGACCACCAAUCGGAAGCCACUAUGAUGAUGACACAUCAAAUGAUGACCACCAAUCAGAAACCACUAUGAUGAUGACACAUCAAAUGAUGACCACCAAUCAGAAGCCACUAUGAUGAUGACACACCAAAUGAUGACCACCAAUCAGAAGCCGCUAUGAUGAUGACACACCAAAUGAUGACCACCAAUCAGAAGCCACUAUGAUGAUGACACAUCAAAUGAUGACCACCAAUCAGAAGCCACUAUGAUGAUGACACACCAAAUGAUGACCACCAAUCGGAAGCCGCUAUGAUGAUGACACACCAAAUGUGUUUGCCGGUUCCAUCUUGUCCUCUUCUAAUGCGUCUUAAGGGGAAAGUAAUCCAAAAGUAACUGAUUACAUUCAAUAAAGUAAUCCUACCCAACUCUGCUAACUGAAAUGGUACCUGUCGGUCUCCUCUGACCCCACACAUUCAGUAUCGCUGUUGUUACUAUGGUUACCCUUAAUGGUUCCAAACGGCCCCCUGUUCUCUGUAUACUGCGGAUCCCUAGAGUGCUCUCUCGUGGAUAGGAUGAAAAUAAUUUACCUAUUCUAUGGGCCCUGGUCUAAAGUAGUGUCCUAUAUAUAGGGGAUAGGGCCCUGGUCUAAAGUAGUGUCCUAUAUAUAGGGGAUAGGGCCCUGGUCUAAAGUAGUGUCCUAUAUAUAGGGAAUAGGGCCCUGGUCUAAAGUAGUGUCCUAUAUAUAGGGGAUAGGGCCCUGGUCUAAAGUAGUGUCCUAUGUAUAGGGGAUAGGGCCCUCGUCUAAAGUGGUGUCCUAUAUAUAGGGGAUAGGGCCCUGGUCUAAAGUAGUGUCCUAUAUAUAGGGGAUAGGGCCCUGGUCUAAAGUAGUGUCCUAUAUAUAGGGGAUAGGGCACUGGUCUAAAGUAGUGUCCUAUAUAUAGGGGAUAGGGCACUGGUCUAAAGUAGUGUCCUAUAUAGGGAAUAGGGUGCUUUGACACGUUGAUCAUUGACCUUUGACCCCGGGCUCCUGGUUUGAAGACGCCAACAUUUAGUUAGUGUACAUAGAGAUCAUUUAUGUAUUUAUUUGUUCUUGGGUUUGUAAAGUUAGUGUGUAGUUUAUAUCGUUGAAUGGUGAUAUUCAUUCAUUUUAACCCCUUAACACGUUGUCUUGUUCAUAUCCCAGCAUUUGUAGCUCAGUAUGUAUGGCUUGAUUUAAUGGCACCCUAUUCUCUAUAUAGUGCACUACUUUGGACCAGAAUAGUUGCACUAUAAAGCGAGCAGGGCACCAUUAGGCCCAAACACAGUGUGAUUUUAAAGGAGUUUUUCUGACUGCAGCAGCUGUAUGAAAUAUUUACAGGAUUUCUGGGAGUUGGAGUCAUGUUUAUUGUGUUGUCCCCCCCCUGUCUAACCCUUUGACACCUUACUAACACUCUGAUUGGAGCGUUUGGAGAGUUUUGAUUGGAGCAUUUAGAGAGUUUUGAUUGGAGCAUUUAGAGAGUUUUGAUUGGAGUGUUUAGAGAGUUUUGAUUGGAGCGUUUAGAGAGUUUUGAUUGGAGCGUUUAGAGAGUUUUGAUUGGAACAUUUAGAGAGUUUUGAUUGGAGCGUUUAGAGAGUUUUGAUUGGAGAAUUUAGAGAGUUUUGAUUGGAGCAUUUAGAGAGUUUUGAUUGGAGCGUUUAGAGAGUUUUGAUUGGAGCGUUUAGAGAGUUUUGAUUGGAGCAUUUAGAGAGUUUUGAUUGGAGCAUUUAGAGAGUUUUGAUUGGAGCGUUUAGAGAGUUUUGAUUGGAGCAUUUAAAAGGUCAAGUGUUCUGCCCUUAUCCUGUGGUCUGAUAUAACUGGCUCAUGAUCACUUCUGAAACUAUAGGGCACGUUCCAGGUCAACUGUAUUGAAGUCGAUGCAUUGCAUUAACCAACGGUUGUGUGCAGUCUGGUAUCGUAUUGGUAUAACGUGUGGUGGUUAACUAACAUGAUAAACACUGAUCCAGCUGUUAUGAAAUCUGGCAUGCAUCUGAAACGUAGUCAGCCUGGAACGCGUCCGUUCGUCUUCCUGUUCGUGAGUGUUGUGUUGCCUGUAUUUUUCUGAAGGUUCUCUGCAUGCGUGUGCUUUUUUUAAUCGUCUGGUCGUGUGUUUAUGAACGUCUAAUUCCUUAAGACUACAAUCAGAGCAGGAACGCACCAUAUCCCCUAUAUAGGGCACUACUUUUGACCAGAGUCCUAUAGGCCCUAGUCGAAAGUAGUGCACUAUGUAGGGGAUAGGGUGCCGUUGGGGAUGUUGCAGGUGUGUGUGUGUGUGUGUGUGUGUGUGUGUGUGUGUGUGUGUGUGUGUGUGUGUGUGUGUGUGUGUGUGUGUGUGUGUGUGUGUGUGUACAGAACAUAUAUGUUAGAAGGAAACAUGUUUGAAACUUCUGCAUGACAGUGACAAUUUUUGAUAAACUUCCUCUUUUAAAAAAAAAAAUAAUAAUUCUGAGAGGAUUUGAAGUACAGAUGAAACUAAACACUGAUUUGUGUCCUGACUCUGGGUGUUGACUCCCAAAUGGCACCCUAUUCCCUAUCUAGUGCACUACUUUUGACCAGAGUCCUAUGUGCUUCCCUAUGUGCCAUGGGUUGAACGUAGUACACUUUUCAAAGGGAACAGGGUCCAAUCAGCAUCCAGGAUCCGAACAACCAGUUGAACAACUGUUGUUAUUCUACUUGUACAGUUUGAUAUUCCUUCCUGUUCUGGGCCAUAAAACAAUAACACGUCUCCGUAUAAAAGCUCUGGACUGAGAGGAUCUCUGUCUAAUAAACUAUGGUGGUGUCCCAAAUGGGACCCUAUUCCCGGUCUAGUGCACUACUGUUGGCCUGAUCAGGCUACGGAAUAGGGUGCCAUAUUCAGUCUUUGAUUAACAACUAUCCAACUCAAACGUGACUCUAUACACAAGCAGUUGAAAGAGUGCUGGAAACCAGAGAGCUGGAAACCAGAGAGCUGGAAACCAGAGAGCUGGAAACCAGACUAAUGUAUUUGGUGAGUGUGUUGUUACCGUUUGAUACCAGAUGUGCUAUGUGUUUGUAAAUACAUUAUGAAGAGAAUCGUUUCUUUCUCAAUUUUGAUGGAAUUUAAAACUUUAUUGCUUACAAGAUUACAUUUUGGGAGCCAAAAUUAGUCUGUUAUCAAAUGAACAUUUGUAUGGGGAAAAAAAUAAAGUUAUAAUUUUAACAUUGAA